AUGACAUCACCUAGAGUUACGCGUCGGCGUCGAUUCGUCGAGGCCACAAGACGUGGUCGCUUUGCAAGCAGGCCCCAGUUUGAAAUAGCGCGCGCGGUGAACAUCACGUACGUUACAAAUUCACAGUGAAAAAAAAUUCCAACACUCCAUAAAUCAUGGCUAACAUAAUGGAUUUGUCUACCGAGGACAAACUCGAAUACCACUUCUUCCCGGUGUCGAGCGGCUCCGUUUCGUUCAAAGUCAGGACCUCCAACGAUGCCCACAUUGCCCUUACCAUGGGGCCACAGCCGAGCGAUCCAAUGAUUGAGAUUUUCCUUGGAGGUUGGGGUAACACAAAGAGCGUAAUCAGAAGGAACAGAACCAAACCCGACAAAGUUGAAAUUGAGACCCCUAACAUUUUGAAUGGUGGCGAGUUCCGUGGCUUCUGGAUCCGUUGGGACGGUGGUAUCAUCUCCGCCGGGCGGGAAGGCGAAGCCAUUCCUUUCCUGUCAUGGGCUGACCCUGAACCAUUCCCCAUUGCUUUCGUCGGAGUGUGCACUGGUUGGGGUGCAACCGGUACCUGGAAAAUUGAAGAUGGGGCUGAGUUCAAUACUCCGGACCAGUUAGAGUAUAGAUUCGGACCCGUCCUCGCGGGUUCUCUGAGAUUUGAAUAUCGCGGUCCCCACAACUGCCAUGUAGCUUUGACGCCAGCACCCGCUGAAGUGGACCCUAUGUACGAAAUUAUGCUUGGUGGUUGGGAAAAUACCAAGUCGGUUAUUAGAUACUGCAGGCAGAAACCCGAUAAGGUUGAGGUCCCGACUCCAGGAAUUAUGAAUCCUAACCAGUUCAGGCAAUUCUUAAUCGAAUGGAAAUGUGGCAGAGUGAUUGUUCGCGACGGCGAGUCGGGCAUGGUUAUUAUGGAGUGGGUAGACCCUUCGCCAUUCGGCAUCACCCACUUCGGUGUGCGUACUGGCUGGGGUGCCCGUGGACAGUGGCGCAUUAACCAUUUCGGCAAUGCUCAAUCACAGCCUCUUCCCCCAUCGGCGCCAGUGGCUGCACCCCUGUACGCUGCUCCUCCCGGCUACCCCGGUGCUAUGGGAGGCUUCGGCGGUGCACCAGUAAUGGCUGGAAUUGGCAACUGGGUUGAUGCCAGUGCGGGUCAAAUUCCCCCCGGCGCCGUCGUCGGUGGCCAGGACUGCAGCGGCGAACCCCUCUACGUCGCCAGAGCACAGCACGAAGGAGCUCUCAUUCCCGGAAAACUUUGCGCUUCACAUGGUUGUGCCUACGUUCCAUGGGGUGGUUUGGAGCAUGGCAAACCCCAAUACCAGGUGCUGGUUGGCGGCCCCAACAACUGGGUGCGCACUAGUGGCUCGAACGUGCCUCCUGGCGCGUUCCCCGGCGGUCAGUCCGAAGAUGGCGAGCCCCUGUUCGUGGGCCGCGUGAACCAUGAGGGCAGCCUUACCACCGGCAAGGUGCAACAGUCGCACGGAGUCUGCUACAUCUCCUUCGGUGGACAAGAGCUCGGCUUCCCCGAAUACGAAGUCCUCAUGCCCUAGACUAUACCACCAGUAAUUAUUUAAGAAUCUCAAGAUUUGUCCGAACGUGUAACUUAGGAAUACUGCUUCCACAAUAUAUACGAGCAAUUAAAUGGUGCAUUUAAAUUGUACCUAGAAAUAAAAGUCAAGUCACGAUGUGCCUGUUCGUAUGCUGUAUGUUAAUUGUUGUAAUGCACCGCAUAAUAUUAUUCGUUUGAGUUAUUGUUUUAUGAAACUCAUAAAUAACAAUAACUAUAUAUAAUAUUUUUGUUAAAUUAUUAUAAAAUAUUUACCAAAUAAUGUUUUUG